UUGAACUCAGUUGAGGUGCCAGGUCCUGGGAAAGGAGCCCAGUCCUAUCUGAAGUCUGCAUCCUCUGCUGACAAACUCCGAGGGGGGGCCUGGUUUAAGGAAAGGGGGUUACAGUGAGCACAGGUAGGAAGUGAAACUGCCCAAAGCAGGCCAUCAGAGAGAGGAAACACGAUGGACGGCACGCAGUACUCUUGGUAUCUUUAAUUUUUUAAAGCCUUUGAAUGACUUCAAGGCCGAACAGCUACAGCAGAGGUGGCAUUUUGAUUGAUUAAGGGGGCUUCUGCUGGCCCCAGAAUGAAGUCACUCGAUUACUAAUCCAGCAAAGAGGGAACCCACUAUGCCCCGGUUUGCCAUCCUCUCCCGGUUCCUUUUGGCUGGGCAUAAAACCAUGCUCGCCAAUCCCACCUAAAACAGGAGGCGAGGAGCGCAGCCUUCUGUGCAAGCAGCGGCUGUAACUGCCCUCCUAUUCUGCCCCAAGAAGAAACAGGACUCUUGGAAGCCGAGAGAGGUGUAAGAAGUCUUUCUGGACCGAGCGCGAGCGCGUCGCCAGGAGCAAAGACAUUUAUCUGGCCGGCCCGCGGGCUGCGAGGGGGCCAGAGCGCAGAGGUCCAGGAUGGGCUUGCUGAAGGGCCUCCUCCGGGAAGGAAAACUGCUGCUCUCCCUCGCGGUGCCUUUCCUGCUGCUGCCGCUGCCCUUGCUCCACCCCACCAGCGAGGCGGCAUGUGCUUACGUGCUGAUCGUGACCGCUGUGUACUGGGUGUCCGAGGCAGUGCCUCUCGGAGCUGCGGCUCUGGUGCCCGCCUUCCUCUACCCGUUCUUCGGAGUCCUCCGAUCCAGCGAGGUGGCGGCGGAGUACUUCAAGAACACCACGCUGCUGCUGGUGGGUGUCAUCUGCGUGGCAGCCGCGGUGGAGAAGUGGAACCUGCACAAGCGCAUUGCUCUGCGCAUGGUCAUGAUGGCCGGAGCCAAGCCGGGCAUGCUCCUGCUCUGCUUCAUGAGCUGCACCACGCUGCUGUCCAUGUGGCUGUCCAACACGUCCACCACCGCCAUGGUGAUGCCCAUCGUGGAGGCCGUGCUGAAGGAGCUGGUCAGCGCCGAGGACGAGCAGCUGGUGGCCCAAGACUCCAGCCCCGAGGAGGCCGAGCCCACCAGUCUCGAUGUAAACUGUAGCCAGCCAUCCCUGGAACUCAUCUUCGUCAGUGAAGACACCUCAACGACAGACUUCACUUCUCUGAUGCAGAACAAGAACCUGAAUGGUGCGCCCACCAUCGCCAACCCCGCCAGAACAGCCAACCACCAAGACAAGCCGCACCCAUCCCAGGAAAAGCCACCGGUCCCGACACCCGGCCCCAGGGACCAGGAGCUCAACAGGAAGUACAAGUCCCACCACGACCAAAUGGUUUGCAAGUGCCUGUCUCUGAGCAUCUCUUACGCUGCCACCAUCGGGGGCCUGACCACCAUCAUUGGCACCUCCACCAGCCUCAUUUUCUUGGAACACUUCAACAACCAGUACCCGGCCGCCGACGUGGUCAACUUCGGCACCUGGUUCCUCUUCAGCUUCCCCAUCUCCCUCAUCAUGCUGGUGGUCAGCUGGUUCUGGAUGCACUGGCUGUUCCUGGGCUGCAAUUUUAAAGAGACCUGCUCUCUGAGCAAGAAAAAUAAGACCAAAAGGGAAGAGCUGUCAGAGAAGAGGAUCCGAGAGGAGUACGAAAAGCUGGGAGCCAUCAGCUACCCUGAAAUGGUGACCGGGUUUUUCUUCAUCCUGAUGACCGUGCUGUGGUUCACCCGGGAGCCCGGCUUCGUUCCCGGCUGGGACUCUUUCUUUGAAAAGAAAGGCUACCGCACUGAUGCCACGGUCUCCAUCUUCCUUGGCUUCCUCCUCUUCCUGAUCCCAGCAAAGAAGCCUUGCUUUGGGAAAAAGAAGGACGGGGAGGACCAGGAGCCCUCGCCGAGGGUGGAGCCCAUCAUCACGUGGAAGGACUUCCAGAAGACCAUGCCCUGGGAGAUUGUCAUCCUGGUGGGAGGAGGCUACGCUCUGGCUUCCGGCAGCAAGAGCUCUGGCCUCUCCACGUGGAUCGGGAACCAGAUGUUGUCCCUGAGCAGCCUCCCGCCGUGGGCGGUCACCCUGCUGGCAUGCAUCCUGGUGUCCAUCGUCACCGAGUUUGUGAGCAACCCUGCCACCAUCACCAUCUUCCUGCCCAUCCUGUGCAGCCUGUCGGAAACGCUGCACAUUAACCCGCUCUACACCCUGAUCCCCGUCACCAUGUGCAUCUCCUUUGCAGUGAUGCUGCCUGUGGGCAACCCCCCCAACGCCAUCGUCUUCAGCUACGGGCACUGCCAGAUCAAAGACAUGGUGAAAGCUGGCCUGGGGGUCAAUGUCAUUGGCCUGGUGAUAGUGACGGUGGCUAUCAAUACCUGGGGAAUUAGCCUCUUCGACCUGGACACUUUUCCAGCCUGGGCCAAGGUCAGUAACGUCACUGAUCAGGCCUAACACCAGCGGGCAGGCGGCCAACCAAGGGGGUGGCCCGACCCCAGCAGGAUGUGACCUAUGAACAGGCCACGAAAACGCCAGGAGCAGACAUCCCCCACCAGAAGAUUCCGCCACCUACCACCUCAAGUGCAGCGUGGGACGCCUCCCCCACACAACCAGAGCUCAAGAAAACAGACCGCUUCCUCACUCCUUUGCAUCUCGCCUCUGCUGUCCCUCCUGUCCAUUCUUUCGGACCACAGGAGGAGAGGGCCUGCCCUAGCCGCCCCUCAGGGGUCAAGCCUCCCUCCCUGGGUUUGACGUUACUGUUAAUUUCUCAGUCCCUUCUCGGGAGUUGAAGAAGGAAUCCACAUCAUCCUGCCUAGGCGCCGGCAGUGACACCAGUGACACCUCUUUUGUAGGCAAAUCUCACCGAGAACUCGAGACCUUACGGCGUCUCCUUUCUCUUAAGCGUCUCUGUCCUAAGUUCUCGCCACAGAAAGGCGAUUCUUAGUGAGUCCUCUCUGUGGCGGUCAGAACCCGUUUUAUCACUACCCUGAUUCCCUUUUAAGCAUCCCUCUCUCUUCAGUGGCUUCUCUGUACCUUGGCCCCAAAUUCCUAUAAAGAAAUACUGUUCCCCUUUCGAAAAAGGCUGCUGUCCUCUCUGUCAAAGGAAAAGGAAGUAGAGAAACAAGGCACACUGCGAUUAGCAUCUCUCUUCGCACAUCGCCAACCAUCGACACCACUGUGCCAGUUAUGUGUCGGGAGGGAGGGGCAUUUUCAUACCUGUCUCAUGCAGGAGGCUGAAACUAGAAUUGAGAGCAUGGCACUAUGCUGGUAUGUGACUGGCUUCCUUCUGGGUGGAACGAGCAGUUCGCUCCUGAGAAGGCAGGAACGGAAAGGGCCCAACCCAGCAGUCACUGUCUGUGAGCUGGCGAGCCCUUGGGGGGCAGAGGAGAUGUUGUACGUCUCUGCAAGCUCCCAGAGAC